GCCUCCAUACACUUGCGCUGCCAGCACCACGUAUUACUUACUACGUGAACUGACACACGUACUAUUGACAAACCAUGUCGUCGCCCAAUCAUCUAAUCAUCACGAUCGCCUUAUAUACAAACGGUUAACUGUGCCCGAUAUCUACCUUCCAUUCUUUCUCCCUCUUUCUUGUUGCAUUUGAUUAUUUCAGCACGAUGGGUUUCUUCUCAAAGCCAUUCGACCCAGUCACUGACCUCCCAGACUUGUCUGGUAAAGUCGUACUUAUCACAGGCGGAAACGCAGGUAUCGGCUACUCGACUGUGAAGCACCUGGCACGUCAUGGUGCCAAGGUGUACAUGGCCGCACGCAACCAAAGUAGGGCAGAGGAGGCGAUCGCGCAACUGAAAGCAGAGGGACUGGGUCCUGGAAACGGCGAUGUUAUCUGGUUGGAACUCGAUUUGAAGGACCCUCGAAAUGCGAAAAAAGCAGCAGAGGUAUUUAUGAAGCAGGAGAAUAGAUUGGAUGUUCUCAGUCAGUUGAUUGAGAAUUAUGCCAUGACGCCGGAUGGAGUUCAGGAGAUAGUGAUGGUCAACGUCAUCAGCCAUGUCGUCCUGACACGCACCCUUCAACCGCUGCUGGACAAGACUGCAGCAGAACCAAAUUCAGACGUCCGCAUAGUCGUCGUCGCUUCAGACGGCUACCGGUUUGUAUCAGGGGAACAUCGUUUCCGUAACCUUGAUGAUCUUAACAAUGAGCUCAAGAGUUCCCUUGCACCCAGCUUCGCGCGCUAUUUCAUGUCGAAACUGAUGAAUAUACUCUACGCUUCUGAACUUCAGCGACACCUCACCGCUGUUGGCUCUCCCAUCACCGUUAUCGCCAUUCACCCUGGAACAGUCGACACCAUCCGCCCUAAACCAGCCGUAUCCUAUCUCCAGUUCAUCCUCAAGCCUAUCGUGCCCCUCUUCUUUGUACGUCCAGACCAGGGUGCAUAUACCUCGGUGUUUGCAGCUGCGUCGGAAGACGUCGCCAAACAACGCGAGAAGUACAAAGGCAUGUAUUUAAGACCGGUAGGCAAGAUAACGAAGCCAACGAAGGUGGCGACAGAUGAGGGACUUGCAAAGGAGCUUUGGGAUACUGUGGAUAAGUUUUUGGAGGAGAGGGGGAUUUGAUGGAGGAUUUGUUUUAUUGAUGAAGACGAAUAGCCGUACCUCCAGGAGGUGUCGAAUGGACAAGGACGUUAAUCUCAGCACUAAAUUAUGAUGGAAAAAUUAUCCCUGUUGAUGCAUGGAACUUCUGUGACAGCUGUCGCAUUCUGCCCGGACGGGAGACAGCACUGCUGUGUUAUAAUUAGCCUACGCAAACGUGAAAUAUACUUACCUACGUUGUCCAGAAGCGUUCUGGACAUACUGCCGGUAGUCCGCACGUUCUGGAGGCUAAACAUGAGAUUGCAACGUGUCACAAGCUUGUUCAGAUGACUCG